AUGCACUCUCAGCGCUCCCAGCAGCAACAGGACCCUGCCGUCAAGUCAGAGCGGGCGCGCGCACUGCACCGGAAGAAGUCCUUCCACAAGCCCUGCGACGAUUUCAUCUUGUUCGGCCAACACAAGGACGACCGUGGGCCGUUCUUCACGCUCGGGGAGCUCACAUCCAAUAAUCCUGCGGACCAAGCCUCGGUGCGUAUCGCGAUGUGCGAGGCGUCGGACUACGUCUCUCGCCCCAACUCCUCACUCCGCAUUGUCAAUCCCGCGCCAUCGAACCACAGCUCGCAUCAGUACUUCCUAAAAUGUCUCAAAAUGUCUCAAAAUGUCUCAAAACCUCUGUGGAGAGGCUUCAGAUGUUGCUCAUCGGAGGCACACUGCUGCAGUCCCGGGCUUGCGCGCGAGCGGGCCAGCCCAGCACGCAAGGAUGGCUCCGGUCGCGUUCGUGCAGGCAUAGGUGUUGCCAGCGGGUAUCAUGCGCACGAGUCGUACCCCAGCAGCCUGUUGAGCCCGGGCCUAACCUGUACGAUUGCAGGCGUCUCAUCUGCAGCCGUCGCAACAGGAGUCCACGCCGUGUCGACGAACACCUGCACCACCGCCCUGAUCUCUUCAUCGUCCAUAGCGCGCGGGAUCAUGCCUGAGGCCUCGGUGGAGGGUACGAAGAGCACAUCCACAAAGCCGCCGGUAUACGCUCUGGGUUGGAAUAUGACCUCACCUGUCCCCGACAACGGUGUGACGUCCCUGCGACCGCGGCGGCGCAGGCCCCACACGACCGAGAAACGCAGCCCAGACCUGGCGGCGUGUGUUGCGGUCGGGCCCGCAGGGGUGGGGGGUGACUGGGCGCUCGCGACCUCGUACGGGCACAACGUGCUCCCCUGGUUCUCGCACCACCAGUUGCAGUCUGAGCUCGUCAAGCUCGAGGACAAGCAGCACCACACGGUGAGCGCCCCUCCGCUCUGCGUCACACCGAGCGCGAGACUGAUGAUUGGUACCCCCACCACCCGCCUGGCCCUUGUCAACCACAUCGCACGCGCCUCCCCCGACCUCGCCCAUGUCUUCCACGUCGCGCCAACAUCACCCGCCUCGCCCAUCUCCGUGCGGACAGGCCGCGACGCUCUCCCAAACAGGCCCGUCUUCCUGCUCACUCUCAAACUGCACCACUGCCUGCGUGUGCAGGCAAAGUAUGAGUGGACGCUCACGGGCAAGGACAUUGCGGUUUUCCUCGGUGUGGGCGUGGACGCGAAGGACGGUCUGGCGCGGCCUCCGAUUGAGGCAGCGUCGGGAGCAUGGGACGGAGCCGUGGGUGCAGCGUGCGGUGUUCGCGUGCACACUUGCGCUCGACCGCCCGCCAUCGUUCGUGCUGCACAACAUGGAGUGUGCGGUGCGUUCACCUCCAGGUCGUGCAUGCUUGUGUCUGCUGCCGUCUUCAGUACUCCUUUGUGGUCCGGGUGCCGUCCCUGGGCCUGGGGAAUUGGCGUUUGCAUGCAUGCCCCCGCGCUCGCGAACCACGGAUACAUUCCGCAAGACGGCCGCGCGUUCACCCACGCCCAGCUCGUCGCUGCCGUCCGCGCGGUCUACAACCUCUCCACGCCCAUCGCGCGGCUCACGACUGCGCUCGCGCUCGCGUGCUGCGGCGACUGCUCUACGCUCGGCAGCAGCGGGCGCACGCUCGACCUGCACGCGCUCAAUACUCUCGAUAUUACCGCAAACUUUGGGUACUCCGAAGAGCAGGCGAACAAGCUCCUGCUCGUCAAACUGUCCAAGAUCAACGGGAAUGACUACUGGCAAGCGGAAACUAAUGACACAUCUUCCACCUCGACGUUGAAGCGGAUGCCUUCGAGGCCAGCUCUCCCGCGCAGUCGUCAUCACAUCGCCGGCUCAAACUCCGUCCACUUCCCCACCACGUCCGCCGCUCCCUCGUCGUGCAUCGCUGUGAACCGGUCCUCCGACCCGCCCGUCGCCACCGUCUGCACCCACCGCACCGCCGUUGCGCCCACAUUGCGUCCCCCCUGGCUCGAGCAUCGUGUUCGCGCGCCAGAGGUCCGUGAAACGCCGGAGCGUCGAGAGCAGCAGCACAUCGUUCAUCCAGAUGCAGUUGCGCCCAAGGAGGCCAUCACCCACGCGCGCAACGUGCACCAGCUGAGUCCACGCGCCACGAGCGCGGCGCGGUCGUCAACGACCUUCGCGAUGUACACACGUCCCGGGCCCUCGAUAUGA